AUGGAAGAUUGUGGAUUCUUGGAUUUGGAAUAUAAGCUAAUUAAGGGGGUGAGAGAGAUCAUCCUUACUAAAAAUGGCGAGAGAAAGAGAGAGAGAUAAAAGUGCAGAAAAAAACCCUCAGAGAUUUUUGGGUUUGAUUUUUUCCAACUUUAAACUGAUCACCCCCUCCCUUCUCCUUCUCUGUUGCUACCUUUCUUCUCCCCUCCCAACAACAACAAAUCCAAACCGGGAGCACCCACCUAGUGGCAUUCCCAAAUUGAACACAUCACUUCCUCUCGUGCUCUGGUUUUUACAUGUUGUAAAAAGGACACCAUUUUUCCUCUGGUUAUUUUCUCUCGCUCCCCUCUAUGGUUAAUUUUUCUUACAUUUUUUGUGUUUGCUAAAUGUUGCACGUCUGAUGCCUCAACUAUUUUUCAGUCGCUACCGGCUUGUGUCUCUGUUUUUAGCGAAUAUGAUGGAGAUGAAGUCGAUCGGGGCAGAAAUCGGAGAUAGGAUAAAAGGCAGUUUAGGGAUUGUACCACACAAGGCUGGAUUGACAUCCUCAUCGAGAAUUAAUGCAAUAAGAUACUAGAAUCGUGCUUGUAUCAUCAACAUCAUCAUUGUCGGCUCUUAUGUUUUCUUCCCCAAGGCAAGGCAAAGAGGAAAAAGCAUUACGAGACGAAACAAGACAAAUCCAGACUCGGAGAAGAGAGAGAGAGAUCAGAGAGAUCAGAGAGAAAAAAAAAAGGGAAAGAAAAUAACAAAUAAGGGAAAAGGGAGCAAAGACUACCAUGACUACUGCCUACCAGCAUCAUGAUGUUCUUCGAUUCAUGGCAAUACCAUCCUCAUCCACUCAUAUGCGCAAGAGCUCUCUCCAUGCAAUGGCACAAAGAAAGGCUUAUGUCUUUACUUUUCACUUUACUCUUCAUGGCUCAGUGUUGGCUACCUUUUGACUUUUCUGUGGUCGGAGAGUAAUGGAUGCAUAUUGUUUUGUUUUGCUAACUUAAUUGGACUAUAGCCAUUUCCUCACUACUGUUAUAAUAGGGAAGUAGGAGGAACUGUUGCAUCAUCGAUCAAUUAAAAGAAAAAGGGAACUUCUUUCCGACCACAAAUUUUUUUUACUACAAAGGGGUUGAGCAACAUUAUUGAUAAACUUUAAAUGAAAUUCAGAAAUCCCAAAAUGUAAUCGAGAAGUAUGUAAGUUAAACGGACAUUGGAACCACCAAGGGAGUUUAUUUGUAGUUUUGGUGAUUAGGUGCCAAUUGUGGAUUUUCUCUUACGAGCUCCAUUUAAAUUAUUUUGUAUUUUUCACAAAUAGCAACUUCGAAUUGGAGUUCUAUGGGUCUUUCGAUAUUGAAUCUGACUCAUGAAUUUAACGCCCAAAUUCUAUUCGUCAAAGAUUCAAUCAAACUUAUUGUUUUGUUUGUCGAAAAUAAUAGGUGCCAACUCUUGUGCGUCGCAUAACUUUUCUUUUUUGCUCCUAAUCCGUGAUCCACUGUGGAAGAACCCACUUAUUACUUGUUGGGCUGAAAUUUAUUACAAGAGAUUAGAUGCUUCAUGGGUGUCUUGUAGGUUUAACUGUUUAAGUCAUUUCAUUGUGUAAGCUUUUACUACCAAUUUUAGAUUAUGGUGGCGUAUCAUUAUUCUAUAUCAACACCAUUAAAUCCACAUUCUCCAAUGUGUCUGCUUGUUAUGGAGAAUAUGGACAUAUCUAGAUAGAGUUAUUUUUUUAGUACUACUAAACCACAUGUCGGUUCUAUUGCUCAUCAAUAUUCUCAAGUCCGUGAAUUUUUCGUGUCCUCUCUUAUACUUUUGGCUCCUCAUCCUUCUUAAUCUCAUACUAUCUGGGUGCUCCCUCUUGAUUACUUAAUGAAGUUCAACUUUGAUGUUGAUGUCAAUGUCUGUGAUUUUAGAUGUUUGUAUGAUUUAGUGGUGUGUCAUUCGGACGAGCAUGUCUUUUUGGUGGUCGAGGCUCUCUAUUAUGGUGUCUCUAAUCCUUUUAUUGCAGACCUACUUGCUGCUAGAGACGCCCUGUCAGUUGAUGUUUCUCAAAGGUUGCUUCUUGUGAUCUUGGAAAUGAACACUGAGGUGAUGGUCUAUCAGCUUUGUCAUGAUGUUUUGACAUAUUUGAUUGGUGGCCCCUUCUUCGGGAGUGUCGUCAUCUAGACUUAGCUUUUCCGACUGCAUAUUUUAGAGCGGUCCGACAAGUACAAUAUGAGUUGUCCAUAUUGAUUUGGGAGAAUUCCACUAAUGAUGAUUUAUUUUGUUUUUUUUUUUCCUAAUGUUCUCUCUUGUUACAUCAUGGAGAAAAAUCCUACUAUAUUGUAAAAAACGUAGUAUGAUGAAACAUAGUUUUGUCUCUCUAAUAUCAUUAUUAUGUGCUAGUAGGGGUGUGCAAGGGCUUCGGUUAGACCCGAACCAAUAUAACUCAUGAGAACUGUAGUCCAAAAGUGAAAGAUAUAUUAGGACCAAUGACCGGACCAACAGUAAAUUCGACCAUUUUGUUCCGGUUUUAAGUGCCAAUUCGACAUAUUCAUCUUUAGUAUUUAUAAAUUUUAAGGGAUGAAGAGCCAUAACACAUAUGUUUGAUUUGAUAUGGUCUAAUCUAAACAUCGAUUUGAUCUAGUUCGGAUCCAUCCGUUGUACACUCCCUACUUACGAGUAGAAUUCAUACUAGACUUUGAACGAAAGAGUUUGGAGGAGAGGAAAACAUGAACAAGCACACAUAAAUAGUUAACAACUUGGUUAUAAAUACCAGGGUUAAUAUAUUUGUAUGAAUUGAACUUUUCACAUAAUAAACAUCCUGACCAAUCUUUUCGAUCUAUAACAUCAUAGCUUGAACUAUACACCAAAGUAAUGAAAUUGGCCAAACCUGCAGCUGCUGGAUUCUCUUAGAAGCUAUUCACGCGCUUUCAGACCUUCGCUAUAGAAUAAAUCUGGGCGAGACCUUUGGCAUGGAAGGGUUUGAUCCUUUUGUUACAGGAGGAAUUGACCGUUAUCUUGGAUGGUCAAACGCGUUGACUAACGAUCAAUGCGCCACGUCAACUCCUUUCACUUAAAAAAAUUAUAUUUUCCACCUAUUACUAUUUUUUUUUCAUUUUGAAUCAAUUUUUUUUUUUAAAAUGGAAAUUAAAUUUCUUGUCCCUACCAUUUUUAAAAUUUUCAAUUUUUUUAUUCAAAAUUAAAAUAAAUAAAUAGUAAUAGGUGGAAAAUAUAAACUUUUUAAAGUGAAAGGUGCUGAUGUGGUGCGUCGACUAACAUUUGACCGUCCAAGAUAACGGUCAAUUUUCGGGUUUAGCCAAUUCCGUUAUUUUGGUGUAUAGUUCAGGCCAUGAUGUUAUAGAUCGAAAAGAUCGGUCAGGAUGUUUAUUAUGUGAAAAGUUCAGGCCAUAUAAAUAUAUUAACCCUAAAUAUUAAAUAGUAGAGGAUCUGAAGGUGAAUUAACCCAAUACUGAAAUGGCUCUCGAAGCACAGUCUCGUCUAUCCCUUCGGUACGUAUGAUCUAACGGAUCCCCCAGCUGAGUUGGAAAGAAUUAUGAGAGAAGACAUUAUUGGUGUCAGCUUCCCUCGAAGAGUGCUGCAGAACAGGGCCUAAAUUGCUUGCGUUUUAUUUGGCCUACCUGGAUUUCCUCGUCCUGUUUCUUUUUAGCUCUCUUUUAGAGUUUUGUUUUGCUACCCUCCCUGGACUGAUUCUGCUGGCCUGUAGCAGUUUCAGCUGUUUGGGUUUGUGGACUGUUGCUUGACCCUUGGCUUUUUGCCUCCCUCCAUUCAAAAAAAAAAAAAAAAUGUAUCUGUACUUAUUUUAUCUGUUUAAAACUUCUGUACCAGUAUUAUUGUCAAGCCAAAUUAUUUGUUUUUCGUUCAUUUGACAGCUCCCGUACUAAACACGUAUAAAACAUGUAUAAUAUGUUUAAUAUUCGUAUUUAAUGAAUUAAAUUAUUAAUU